AUGAAAUCGUUAAAUGAUAUUGAUAUAAACAAAACAGAAGAAGAUAAUGAUGACGAUUAUAUAUCAAAAUACAUAAAUGAUAAAAUAAAAAAUAUUGAGGAUGUAGAAAUGAGCAUUGAUAUAAUGAGGAAAGAAAUAUAUGAUCUUGAUAGAGUUAUGGAAGAAAAAAUUGAGAACCAUGUUUUAAAAAGAAAUGAAUAUGAAUCAAAAUUUGAAAAUAUAAAAAAAAAAAUGAAAAAUAUUAAUAAUUUAGUGGAAAAUGUAGAUAAAGAAGCAGAAAAAGGAGCAAAAAUAUUAUCUAAUUUAUGUUGUGAUAUCAAAAGGCUAGAUAUAGGUAAACAAAAUGUUACACAAGUCAUUUUAAUUUUUAAAAGAAUUGCUAUAAUCAUUACAUCUGUAAUUCAAUUAAAAAAAAAAGCUAGAAAACGAGAAUAUAAAAAAUGUAUGUAUUUAGUAUAUAUCAUAAAAAAUAUGUUUUUAUAUAUUAACAAUUUAAAAAAUACAAAUUCAGAAAAUAUUAGCAAUAAUAUAAAUACUCUAUACAACGAUAUAAAUAUUUUAUUUGAAGAAUUGAAACAACAAAUUGUUGAAGAUAUUAAUUUAAUAUAUGAUCCGGAUGUUCAUAUAGAAAAAAAUAUAAUAUAUUUAAAUGAUAAUAAUUUUGAAAUUAAAGACAAAGAAAAAGGAAAAGAAAACGAUUCCAAAAUAUCUAUUAACUUAUUUGAUGCAUGUAACUGUUUAUAUCAAUUACAUCCAAAUUAUAUAAAUAAUGUAGUAAACAAAUUUGUUAAUUUUUUUUUAGAAAAAUAUAUCUUAAUUUUUGAGAAUAAUAAUAAUAACACAUUUGAAACUAUUGAUAGACGAAUAGCUUGGUUAAAACGUGCAUUAAAUAAUUAUAAAAAUACAUAUAUUUAUAUUUUUCCUGAUUAUUAUAAUAUCCAAUUUUAUUUUGUAUCCAAAUUUUGUUUUAUAACAAAAAAACAUAUUAUUAAGAUGAUUUCAUAUUCUAUGGAAGAAAUGAAUUCAGUUUCUUUAAUUCAAACAGUUAUUAAAUUUAUUAAUUUUGAAAAUUAUUUAAUUAAAAAUAUAUUUUUUAUUUCUCCUCCUGAUCAUCUAUCUUUAGACAAUUUCGAUUUUAUAGAAUCACCAUUUCCUGAAAUUAUUUAUCAGAUUUUAUCACAAAAAAAAGCAAGCACAAAACUUGACAGCCAAGCAUGUGGCAACAAACAGAUAGAUGAUACCAACCAAAUGAAUAAUUUAAAUGAAAAUGUAAAAGUUGACCCAAAACUAAUACCACACAAUAAUUCUCCAAAAAAAACUCAUAUUUCCAGUAUAGGCACAAAAGAAAUGGAUAUACAGGGCGGCGUGGAUAAUUCGGCCAAAUUUAAAAAUGGCGAAAAGAGUGGCGAAAAGAAUGGGAAAGGUGGUAGUGAUUGUGGUAGCGAUUGUGGUAGUGGGGGGCACACGUUUAAGCGAAUAAUCUCGUGCGUAUUCGACAGCUACUUGAGCAGCUGGCUAAAAUGCGAAGAAAGUAAAAUAUUAGCCAAAUAUGAAAAUAUAAUAAACGAAGAAAAUAACGAAAUAAACAGAAAUAGUAAAAAAGAGGACGAUAAAAUUAUUCUAGAACAGUUUGAAAAAAAUGAAUAUAAUAAGAUUCAAAAUUUUAUAAAUUUUAUAAAUUUUAUAAAUUUGGAUAAAUGUGAUAAUGAUGAUGAUAAUAAAUCGGUUAAUCCAAACGUAUCAGAAAAUAAGUUUGAAAAUAAUUUUGAAAACAUUUUAGAAGGAAAAAAUAAUAUAUAUAAAUCUGCAUACAAAAUAUUUUAUAUAUAUAAAAGCUACAUAAAUAUGAUAUCUCAAUUUACAAAUUGUAAAACAUUAUUUGAUUUUUUUAUAUUUUUUAAAAGAUUAUUAACAAAAUAUAGUGAAGAAUUAAACAAUAGAAUUAUAGAAAAAAUUGUUUUAAAAAAUAAAAUUAAUAAUUUAUUUCUAAAUUCUAAAAUUAUUAACACAUGUUAUUAUAUUGAGCAAACUAUGGGAGAAGCUUAUGAAAAUAUGAUCAACAUUAUAAGUCCACUUUUUGUUAAAAAAAUUCAUUUCAAAGAAGAAGAAAAAUUAUUUUUAAAUAUAAAAACAAAAUCUAUAAAAAUUAUUAUAUCUUUUAUUAAUGAUCAAAUCUAUCAAAUUAUCAAAACUAAUUUAAUUAACAUUUAUGAUAUUAGACAAUUACAAAAAAUAUCUCCUUAUAUUAUAAAUUUAAAAAAUUUUUUAUAUAAAUAUUUUUUUUUUUUUAGUCAUAUUUUAAAUGAAACAUAUUUAAUUUAUUUGUUAGAGAAAACUGCAUCAUUAAUAAUUGAUCAUUUUUUUCAAAAUAUAUUUUCUUUUAAUUUUAUGACAAAUAUCACAGCUCAACAGUUACUAUUAGAUUGUAAUGCAAUAGAAAAUAUAUUAUAUAAAAUUCCUAACGUUUUAACAAAAUUUGAAAAUUUGAAAAUAAAUAAUGAACAAAUUAAUUAUAAUAUAAUUGAAGAAUUACAAUCUACAAACUUUACUGAAAAUGAUAAUAACCAAUCAUUAAUUCCUAAAACUUACUAUAAUUAUAUCAAACAAAAAAUUAAUAAAAUCAAAUUUUUAAUUCAAAUAUUUAUUUCUAACACUUUAGAUAUCAAUUCAUUUAAUACACUACUUGCUCAAAAUAAUAAUAUAUGUACAAUACAUGAAAUUGAAAAAAUACUAUCUUUAAAAGAUGAUAAAUAUAUCCACACACAACCAAACAUAUAUCAUAGUAAUAACAAAUACAUCGAUCAUUUUAAAAAGAGAGAGAUUAAUUCUGCUAAGGAAAUUAAAUCCCUUUUUAACAAACUUCCCCCCAAAGCGGCGAAUAAGGAAGUGGCGAAUAGCCGAAGUAGCGAAUAA